AUGAACAUCUCGCGUGAGGAGAUGCUCUGUUGCCGCAGCGGCCGGAGCAGCCGGACUCGGCGCUUACUCGGAGAUUCGAGGCUUUGCUGGCCUUUCUCGCCCGGGCCUCUCCAAGCCACAGCCGCCGACCUCAAAUCGAGGCCAGUUCUUGCAGCAACCGCAGCAGGUGCAGCAGCCGGUGCGGCUGCCUCUCGCGGGCGGCGCGAGACCCGAGGCCACGGCGGCGCCGCACGAAGGGCCUCUGCGCAAGCAAUGCAGGACGAGGCUCUGGAGCUGGAAAGAGAACUGGCAGAGUGGGGGGAGGAUGAGGACCUGGAAGAAGAUGAGCUGGGGGAGCUCCAAGGUGGCGAGGAAGAAGCUGAAUCGUCGCAGCUGCUAGGUUCUGGUUCCAAAGAGACCGAUGAAUCGGACUGGCAGCACUGGGUCCCCAAACUAAGCAAAGAGGCUGUCUGGCAAGUCCUGGAAUCGAGGUAUCGGGACAAGCGCAAAUGGAAGGAGGUCAUGCUCGCCCUGAGGCGUGGUGAUGUGCUCACCACCAAAGAGGAAUAUGAAGAUGUGCUGAGCAGCAUUUGCCGAAAACAAUACGGGUGGCGGGAUGCAGAAGUGAUCUUGUCUUGCAUGUGGCACAAUGGUUUCAUGCCAGACCACAGACAUUAUGCCAUCGUGAUGAGCGCCUUCUCGAAAACAAGGCGCUUUGAGAAGACCACGAGACUGUUCGAGGAGAUGUGCGAGCACUUCCUCCCCUUAAGCCCGCAGUGCUACACCCUUGGCAUCGAGGCAUACUGCAAGCGGCAAGAGGUGGAUGGCGCGCUGCAACUCUUGAAGGACAUGCAAGCCGAUGGUUAUGAGCCCACGAUGGAGAUCUAUGCGUCAAUCAUGUACGAAUUGGGGAAGGCCGGAUCUUGGAUCAAAUCGCUGGAGCUCUUUGAAGACAUGCUUGAAAGCGAGAUGAUACCCACCAGACAGAUCUUCAACCUCUUGGUGUUGGCGUAUGGCCUGCAGCUGAACCUUUGGUCCAUGCACGUGCAAUACACGGUCGAUGACAAUUUCUGUCGCGUGAGCAAGAGGUUAUUUAAUGGCUACCGCCA